AUGGCCACUGAACACACCGAAAACAACGCGGCUCAACCACCACCAGCCCAAAGCAACGGGGCGAACGGAACGGCCGAGGCUGUUGUGGCCCCAGCUGCCCCCGCCGCCGCCGCCGCCGCUGCUGCUGUCGAAGUCGACGACGUGGUCGCCGCGCCCUUGUCCAACGGUUCGGUCGGCGCUGAGCCAGUCGAAAAGGCCUUGCCAGCGGUGACCGAACCCGUCGAGGCCACUGCGACAUCUCCUGCCCCGGCCACGAUCGAGAAGGACACCGAGGCGGCACCGGCAUCAUCAGCAGACGCGCCUCCACCGCCGCCGCCCAAGGCCGCGUCGUCGCCCAGCAAGCCGUCGCUGCCUGCCGGCGUCGCCGUCGUCCCGCCGCCGGCCGCGUCCCCCAUCGCGCCGGAGGCAAUGGACGAGGUGCCUCUUAGCAGGACGAGCACGCCGGCGGCGGCGGCGGCUACCCCUCCGCCCGCCGCAACACCACCACCCGCCGCGACCGCGCCAAGGCGUGAGAGCAUCGCCGCCGACUCGCCGCGGAGGUCCCUGGUCAACCUCGUCCGCCCGUCUUCGGCGUCCAUCUCGUCCCCUGCCCGGCCCUUGUCGCAGGCCUCGCGCCGCGGCGCCGGACCAGCACCGACGCACUCGAGACACUCGAGCGCUGGAACCACCAUCUCGCUCCCGACGAAUGUCAACGGCCCCCCAGGGCACCAGCUCUCCGCGGUGCUCAUCACCCCGCCGCUGCAGGUGCUGGUGCAGAGCAAGGAGGCGCGCAAGUCUGCGUCAUUCAUGGCUGCUGCGAAGCGCGCUCUCGAGCUUUGCCAGACAGGCGAGGGCUCCUCAAACCAGGCCUACCUCCACCCCCGCGAGAUCUUCGAGCCUCUCCGCUUAGCCAUCAGUACACCCCAGGCUACGAGCGUGCCGAUUCUCAUCACCUCGCUCGACCUGCUCUCCAAGCUCAUCUCACACUCAUUCUUUUCGGAGCCCAACGGCCCGCCGCCGGGCAUGCAGCCACUCCCCGACCUUAUCACGCACACAAUCACGCUCUGCUACACGGAGAACUCGCCGCCCCAGGUCGGGCUCCAGGUCGUCAAGGCGCUCAUGGCCGUCGUGCUCAGCACCGACUCGGGCAUGUUGGUGCACCAGAGCAGCCUGCUCAAGGCCGUGCGAACGGUUUACAAUGUGUUUGUGCUUUCCAACGACACAAACAACCAGGUUGUGGCCCAGGGUGGACUUACACAGAUGGUCCACCACGUCUUCAGCCGCGUUGUGCGCCCAGAGCACCGCGCACCGUCGAAGAGAGAUAGCGUGGCAACGACAGAUGGACUGCGGCUGAGCACGCCGGCGCCGGACACGCGAGCGUCGACGCCGGGCAAGGAAGUGGAAGGGGAAAAGUUGACGCUCGAGAGCUUCAACGCCGCCAACCCCAACGACUUGAUCCCUGUCGUCCCUGCCAGCAUUGCCGAUGCCAACGGUAGUGCCGCCGCGGCGCCGAAUGCUAUCCCGAAUGGCGAGGCGCUCGACACCCCCGAGCCGGUGCAGCCGCAGUCCGCUGCAGCCGUUGCCGAGGGCGACGACGUGCUCGACCACCAGGGCCUCCCGAUCACGACCGAGGACCUGUUCGUCAAGGACGCGUUCCUCGUCUUCCGUGCGUUGUGCAAGCUCAGCAUGAAGUCGCUCGUGACUGAGAGCGAGCUUGACCUGCGCUCCGACGCAAUGCGCUCCAAGCUGCUCUCCCUCCACCUCAUCCUCACUAUCCUCAAGUCGCACGCCGACUUGUUCACCGACCCGGCCGUGACGAUCCCCUCCAACUCGUCUACCGAGACCACCCCCUUCCUCCAGGCGACAAAGCAAUACCUCUGCCAGAGCUUGUCGCGCAACGCCGUCAGCUCAGUUAACCAGGUGUUCGAGAUCAGUACCGAGAUCUUCUGGUGUGUGCUCAAAAACAUGCGCGCCCCUCUCAAGAAAGAAAUCGAGGUGCUUCUCAACGAGAUUUUCCUGCCGAUCUUGGAGAUGCGCCACUCGACCCUCCGCCAAAAGUCGCUCAUUCUCGGCGUCUUCAUCCGCCUAUGCCACGAGCCGCAGGCGUUGGUUGAGAUCUACCUCAACUACGACUGUGACCGCAACGCGCCAGAGAACAUCUACGAGAAGCUCAUGAACAUCGUGUCCAAGAUUGGACAGACACACUUCGCGCCACCCAGCAAGGAGGAGCUGAGCGCAGGAAGCUCCAAACAGCAGAGCUCGGCCCAUGGCCCGUCGAUUCCGCCCUCGCUCAGCACCAUUGCGCUGGCAUCGCACGAGCCGCCGCAGUACGCUGGCCUGUCGCCCGAGAUCAAGCUUCGUCGCCAGUCGCUCGAAUGUCUCGUCGCGGCACUCAAGUCAUUGGCUGCGUGGUCGAGCUCGGCGCAGCCACCACAGCGCCAGGCCACAGGCGACGAUGCGUCGUCCCGCCCCAGCGAGGACAUUGAGCGCCCAUUGUCUACGGGAUCGCAGCUCGACCUCCACGCACCGUCCCCUGGACGGGAUAUCAACUCUGGCAUUGCCACGCCCGCCGAGGGUGCCGAGGACGACGUUACCAAGCUCGAGACGGCCAAGCAGCGCAAGACUAUGCUCCUGGACGGUAUCAAGAAGUUCAACUUCAAACCCAAACGUGGUAUCGAGUACUUGCUUCAGAAUGGCUUCAUUCGGUCGCGGAAACCAGAGGACAUUGCCCGCUUCCUCCUCCAGAACGACGGUCUCAGCAAGGCCAUGAUCGGCGAGUACCUCGGCGAGGGUGAGGACGAGAACAAGGCCAUCAUGCACGCCUUUGUCGACGAGCUGGACUUCACCAACCUCCGCUUCGUCGAGGCCCUGCGCAUGUUCCUCCAGACUUUCCGUCUUCCUGGAGAAGCCCAGAAGAUUGACCGCUUCAUGCUCAAGUUUGCCGAACGCUACAUGCACCAGAACCCCACGGGCGUGUUUGCCAACGCCGACACGGGCUACAUUCUGGCCUUCUCGGUAAUCAUGCUCAACACGGAUCAGCACAACAAGAACCUCAAGCAGAAGCGCAUGACUGUGCAGGACUUUAUUAAGAACAACCGUGGUAUCAACGACGGCCAGGAUCUGCCCGACGAGUACCUCACCGAGAUCUUUACGGAGAUUCAGUCCAACGAGAUUAUCCUCAAGGACGAGCACGAUGCUGCGGCCAUCAACGGCCCGGCAGGCCUCGCCGGUGUCGGCCGUGACCUCCAGCGCGAGGCGUUCCUCGCCCAGUCGGAGAGCAUGUACAACAAGACCGAGGCGCAGCUCAAGUCGAUGGCCCGCCAGCAGCGCCGCGGCAACGGCCGGGCGGGUGACCAGUUCUUCACAGCCUCGCGUACCGAGCACGUCCGCUUCAUGUUCGAGGUGGCAUGGAUGCCAUUCCUCGCUGGCCUUUCUGCCCAGCUUCAGGAGACGGACGACAUGGACGUCGUCGAGCUUUGCCUGGACGGCCUGCGCGCCGCCAUCCGCAUCGGCUGCCUGUUCGACAUGGAGCUUGAGCGCAACGCGUUCGUCACGACGCUGGCCAAGUUCACAUACCUCAACAACCUGGCCGAGAUGAAGCCCAAAAACAUGGAGGCGAUCAAGGCAUUGUUGGAUAUCGCUGUUACGGACGGCAACAACCUCAAGUCGAGCUGGAAGGAGGUGCUCACCUGCGUGUCGCAGCUUGAGCGCAUGCAGCUGAUCUCGAGUGGGCUUGACGUCCCCGAUCUCGGAAGGCGCGCGUCGACGUCGAGCCGCAAGUCGACCAACAGCCGGAAGGAGGCCCGGCGCAGGCAGCCGGCCGAAGGGCUCGCCGAGGAGUCGCGCUCAUCGCAGGUCACUGUCGCGGCCGACAAGGUCUUCUCACUCAGCCAGAACUUGUCUGGUGCGGCCAUCGUCGACUUUGUGCAGGCGCUUAGCGAGGUGUCGUGGGAGGAAAUCCAGUCGUCUGGCACGUCCACUCGCCCACGUAUGUUCUCCCUGCAGAAGCUGGUCGAGAUCUCGUACUACAACAUGGGCCGUAUCCGUCUCGAGUGGUCCAACAUCUGGCUCAUCCUCGGCGAACACUUCAACCAGGUGUGUUGCCACAACAACCCGAACGUGUCGUUCUUCGCCCUGGACGCGCUGCGCCAGCUUGCCAUGAACUUCUUGCAGAAGGAGGAACUCGCCCACUUCCGCUUCCAGAAGGACUUCCUCCGGCCAUUCGAGUACACGAUCGUGCACAACAUGAACUCGGACGCGCGAGAGAUGGUCCUCCAAUGCCUCCAGCAGAUGAUCCAGACGCGGGUGCAGAACCUGCGUUCCGGUUGGCAGACCAUGUUCGCAGUGUUCUCCGCCGCAUCUCGCGUUCUCACCGAGCGCGUUGCGUCAUACGCAUUCGACCUCGUCUCGCUCAUCUACCGCGAGCACUUCUCCCUCGUGGUCCGCUUCGGCUCGUUUGCCGACCUCACUGGGUGCCUUACCGACUUCUGCAAGGUGUCCAAGUUCCAGAAGAUCAGCCUGCAGGCCAUCGAGAUGGUGAAGGGGUUGGUCGCCAAGAUGCUCGAGAACCCCGAGUGUCUUCUGCCCCAGCCUGGAGAGGUGAUCAACGGCAAGGGCAAGAGCAAGGCCGACGACCCGCUGAUGAAGUACUGGCUCCCGGUGCUUAAUGCCUUUUACGAUAUUAUAAUGACGGGCGAGGACCUGGAGGUGCGCCGUAUGGCGCUCGACUGCCUGUUCGACACGCUCAAGACGCACGGACACGGGUUCAGCAUUGCAUUCUGGAACACGAUCACGCAGCAGACGCUCUUCCCAAUCUUUGCCGUCCUGCGGGCCAAGAACGCCGUGCGCUUCCGCAGCGCCGAAGACAUGAGCGUGUGGCUGUCGACGACGCUGAUCUCGGCACUGCGCGACCUCAUCGACCUGUACACGUUCUACUUUGAGACGUUGCAGCUGUACCUCGACGGGCUGCUGGACAUUCUGGUUGCCUGUAUCUGCCAGGAAAACGACACCCUCGCGCGCAUUGGCACCAGCUGCUUCCAGCAGCUGCUGGAGAGCAACGUGACCAAGCUCAGCGCCGAGAACUGGGAAAUAAUUGUCACGGCGUUUGUGCAGCUGUUCCGCACCACCACUGCGUACCAACUGUUUGACCCCGUCCUGCACGCCGAGGUGGCCGCCCCGGCAGACUACCAGGACGACGACGGGCCGUUCCACAAGUUUGUGGCGCCUGCGCCGCUGGAGCCAGUUGUCGACAACCCGCCUGAUCUCCCUCCUGCCAUCACCUACGGCGAGCAGCGACGCAUCUUCAAGCAGAUCAUUGUCAAGUGCGUGCUGCAGCUGCUCCUCAUCGAGACGACGCACGAGUUGCUGCAGAACGACGACGUCUACAGCACGAUUCCCGCCGAGCACCUGUUACGCUUCAUGGGCGUGCUCGACGAUUCGUGGCGCUUUGCGCGCAAGUUCAACGCGGACAAGGACCUGCGAAUGAAGCUGUGGAAGGUCGGCUUCAUGAAGCAGCUGCCAAACCUGCUCAAGCAGGAGUCGAGCUCGGCCGCAACGCUCAUCAACGUCCUGCUGAGGAUGUACCGCGACCCGCGCGAGGCGCACCAGGCGACACGGGGCGGCGUGCUCGACCGGCUCGUGCCUCUGGGCACAGAAGUCAUCCGGGACUUUAUUGCUAUCGACGCCGAGGCGCAGCCGCGCAACGUGGCUGCGUGGAGCCCGGUAGUGGCGGAUAUUCUCCGCGGCGUGGUGGACUUUGACGACGCGGCGUUCGAGUCGCACCUCCCGGGGCUGUACCCCCUCGUCACGGACCUGCUACUGCGCGACGUUGUCCUCGCGACCCUCCUGUCCGUCGUCGUCGGGGCGCGGCAGGCGCCGUUCGCUCCGGCUCAGCCAGAGCUCCAGCUCACCACCACCACGCCCGGCGCCCACCUCCCGCGCGUCGCAUCCCACCCGCCGUCCCCCUUCACGGAGGACAGCGAUGCCCCGCCCGACGUAAUGAACUUGUACCCCCUCUCUGUCGGGCACGGCCCCGGCCCCCGCGUGGCGCUCACGUUCUUCGCGGACGGGUACACGGCUGCCGAGGAGGCCAAGUUUGUCGCGGACGCGCGGGCGCUCACGCGCGAUAUCGUCGCUGACGGGGGCGCUUUUGCGGGGGUGCGCGACUUGGUUGAUGUUUGGGCGGUGUUCAGCCCCGCGAACACGUCCGGCCUGGGCAAGGACGGCCCGCUCGAGGGCGCGCCGUUCGGGCUGUACCGCAACGGCCCGGAACUCCGCGGCGUCUACCCCGCCUAUACGCGCCGCGCGCGCGCAGCAUGUGCCUUCUGGCGGGAGCGCGAGAAGGCUGGCGCCAAGGGCGGGUGCGACCAGGCCAUCUUGCUCGGCAAUGACCCGCUCUAUGGCGGGCUCGGGGGCGAGUUCACGAUCAUCACGGCCAGCGAGAAGAACGGCGCGGAAGUGCUGCGGCACGAGCUGGGCCACUCGCUCAUCCCCGUCGGGGAGGAGUAUGACGGCGGCGAGAUGUACUCUGGCGUGAAUGCCGACACCCCGGGCAACAUCCUCAACCUCUCCUGGGCGCCGUUCCUCACCGACGCCGAGCACGUGCGCAUCGAGGACGCAAAGGUGCCGCUGCAGGCGUACCCAUGGCACGAUCUCGACGAGGGGCCAUGGAGCGCGGGCUUCAUCCCGGCGUCCACGAGGGCGGGGUAUCGCAGCGGCAUGGUGCGCCUGUCCCUCUCGUCUAUCCCCGUGUCGUCCCACGUCGUGGUCACGCUCAACGGCGUCCCGCUCCAGAUGUACUGGGACGACGGGGGCCACGACCGGCGCUGGGUCGAGGUCGGCUUGCCGUUCGGCCUCGCGGAGGGCGAGUGGAACGCGACGGUCGCGCUCACCCCCGAGGGGAGGGCGGCCGCGCCGGGACAGGGCGGCAAGAUGGUCUCGUCGUUCGAGGUCAUCGAGUACGGCGAUGGCUUCGAGGGCGGCGACAAGGUCGGCGCGUAUCCCACCUACGAUAUCCGCGGCGCCAUGACGCUGCGCCCUACCAACGAGGCGUGUCUCAUGCGCGCGGUGACCUAUCCCAAAUUCUGCCCCGUCUGCGCGCACGGCCUGCGCGAGGCCCUUCUGAAGCGGCGCGAAGGAAAGAAGUAUGCGUAG